UAUCCGUUGUCGAAUAUGCGAAUACUUGUACUUUUGGGGGAAAGUAUCGUGGCGAUACAAGAGGAUAAUAACCCAUAUUUGGUGCAAAGUUUUUACUGGGCAUGAAAAUAUGGGGCGACGGGAUUUUAAACAUUCAGGAUGUGGGGGUUGGCCUUGGUUUGGCUCCAUGGCCGGACAGAGUUGAGUUUGGAAAGUGCCGGAAGCCAAACGGAAGAGCGGUUAGAGUCAAGCCCGCUUUCUUGUGCUCUGGCUGGCAGGGAGGGAAGAGCGAUGGCGGCGACUGGCGGCCUCUCCUCUCUUUUGCCUUCACAGAGCCAGUUGGACUCCGCGCUGGAGGAUGCGCCCACGCUUCAAGAGAAGGAGAACUUGGUGCAUCAGCACGUAAAAAAAGUGGACGGAUGGGAGCGGGAUUUGAAAGUGCCCGAGUUUGGAGCAGAUUUACAGUGGCUGAACAUUGACGGCUCACUUUCUUUAUACAAACAUCUUUGUGGAAAAGUAGUGGUAUUAGAUUUCUUCACCUACUGCUGCAUCAAUUGCAUCCAUAUUUUGCCUGAUCUUCAUGAUUUAGAGGAGAAGUACUCUGAUAAAGAUGGUGUCCUUGUUAUAGGUGUUCAUUCAGCAAAAUUUCCAAAUGAAAAAGUUUUGGAUAACAUCAAAAGUGCUGUUCUUAGAUAUAACAUCACUCAUCCUGUGGUAAAUGAUGUUAAUGCAACCCUCUGGCAUGAGCUAGAAGUGUCCUGUUGGCCAACCUUGGUAAUUGUUGGACCUCGUGGCAAUAUCUUGUUCAGUUUGAUUGGUGAAGGGCAUAAGGACAAACUAUUUCUAUUUACAUCUAUAGCCUUAAAAUACUACAAAGAACAAAGACAAAUUAAUAGUAAUAGAAUUAGAACACAGCUAUAUAGAGACUCUUUGUCAUCUUCACCUUUGCUGUUCCCUGGGAAAAUUGCAGUAGAUAGUUCUGAAAACACCUUGGUAAUAGCAGAUGCGGGACAUCAUAGGAUUUUGGUUGUAGAAAAAAAUGGUCACAUUCUGCACAUCAUUGGAGGACCAGACAGAGGAAGAAAUGAUGGAAAUUUUUCAGAAGCAUCAUUCAAUUCUCCACAAGGAGUUGCCAUAAAGAACAGUAUUAUUUAUGUAGCAGAUACAGAAAACCAUCUAAUUAGAAAGAUUGACCUGCGGUUGGAGUUAGUGAGCACUGUUGCAGGAAUUGGAAUACAAGGCACUGAUAAGGAAGGAGGAGCCAAAGGAGAUGAGCAGCCUAUUAGUUCACCGUGGGAUAUAACUUUGGGAAGCUUAGCAACUCAUGAAGAUGGUGUUCUUUGGAUUGCCAUGGCAGGCAUACAUCAAAUCUGGGCACUCAUGUUAGAAAAUGGAAAACUACCUAAAGGAAGUGAUUUGAAGAAAGGAACUUGUCUUCGAUUUGCUGGAAGUGGAAACGAAGAGAACCGAAACAAUGCAUAUCCCCACAAAGCAGGCUUUGCUCAACCUUCUGGUGUCUCUAUUGCUGCUGAAGAUCCAUGGAAUUGCCUUUUUGUUGCAGACAGCGAGAGUAGUACUGUGCGAACAAUUUCUCUAAAAGAUGGCACUGUGAAACACCUUGUAGGAGGCGAGAGAGAUCCAAUGAAUUUAUUUGCCUUUGGUGAUGUUGAUGGACCUGGGACGAAUGCAAAGCUACAGCACCCAUUAGGAGUAGCUUGGGACAAGAAAAGAAGCCUCCUUUAUGUUGCAGAUUCCUAUAAUCAUAAGAUUAAAUUUGUAGAUCCCAAAAUGAAGAAUUGUGCCACUUUAGCAGGUACAGGAGAAGCAAGUAACAUAAUUGGUUCCAGCGUUACCACAUCAACUUUUAAUGAACCAGGAGGCCUAUGUGUUGAAGAUGGAGGACAGUUCCUUUAUAUUGCAGAUACCAACAAUCAUCAAAUUAAAGUGAUAGAUUUAGAAACUCGUACUGUUUCACUGCUUCCCCUUCUACAGAUUGACACAGUAGACACUACAACUAGAGGGAGUAUUAAAAUGAUUGAUAAAGCAGAACUUCCAAGGCUUCCUAAAUCAGCUCCACAUAUUCAGCUACCUUCAUUGACUGUAAGUCCAGGCCAAGCACUUCAGUUUGUGCUGAUGCUCAACCUGCCUCCAAAUGCUAAACUGACUGAAGAAGCACCGAGCGCCUGGUUUUUUACUGCAGAAGGUAAUGAAUGGCUACUUUGUGAUCCUCAUAGAUCUGGGACAAUUGCAGACAUAUUUGAACAGCCUAUAAUCCCAUUUCAGCUACCCACUAACUGCCUAUCAGCUGAAGCUUUAUUGUCAAUCAAUGUGUGCCUCUAUUACUGUAGCAAGGACAGUAAUGCCUGCAUGAUGAAAGGAAUCUCAUUCAAUCAGCCUUUCCUUAUAACAAAUGUAAACCAAAAAAGCAUAGCUCCAAUUGAGCUCACAUAUACAUUUUAAUUUUAAGCACAGCAAAGCAAAAAAAAAACCAUUUAUAGGCUUAUUUACUAUAGCCUAAUUUUUACCGCAAAACAAACUUAACUUUUGCAAUACUAUAUAUGUUAUUACAUGUAUGAACUUAAAGCACACCUUGCAAAAAUGUAUGCUUGCAUAAAUGGAAAGUGAAAAAUCAUGAAACUGUAUCUAAAUCUUAGUACUUUGUUAACUUAUUAUAUAAGCAAUAAAUACUAAAGGUUGGGAUCAUUGUGAAAAAAACAAAUCUAAACAUAGAAAAGAUUGAUUUCUAUCUUCAGAAUACAGUCUUAACAUUGGAAAUUUGCAUUUGUUUGAUUUUCCCCCCUAUGUUUUAUAAACAUUUGUCAUCACGUGUUUUCUGGACCAGGAGGCCUUGCUCACUGUCACUCAUGCCUUGAUCACAUGUCUGUUGGAUUACUGAAGUGAAAUCUACGUGGACCUACCCUUGAAGAUCACCCAGAAGUUACAACUGGUCCAGCAUGCAGCAGUGUGUGCUUGAGCUUUGCCUAUGUUCAACCACUGCUGUGCAAGCUAUACUAGCCUCUAGUUGUUUUCUGGGUGCAAUUAAGUGUUGAUUACUACUUUCCAGCCUUAAAUGGCUGUAGGACCAUGUCAAGGUUUCUGUCCAUCCUACCAGAUCAGAUAACAUGGUCAAUCUAGGUCCCUUUUCUUAAAUGUUACCUCUGAUGGGACCUUUAAGACGCGCUUUUUCAGUAGUUGCCUUGACCCUUUGAAACAGCCUGCCCCUUGAGAUUUGGAAGGCCCCCCCACCAUAUAACUUCUGGAGGGCUAUGAAGACCUAGCUCUUCUCUCAGACUUUGGGCUAGGAUAGAAGUGAGCCCAGCAAAUUAAGUUUAUGAUAUAUCACAGUAGUGUGGUUGGACUAUACGGUGGUGUGAGGUUUAGUUGGUUUUAUUUAUGUUAUAUUAUAUAUUACUGUGAGUCACCUAGAGUUUUUAUAUAUAAGAAAGAUGGCCUUGUAGGUUUUAUAAAUAAAUCAUAAACCUUUUGUUUCAAACACAAGCAAAAUAAUGAAAAGUAAAAUAUGCAAUGAAAAAUAGUUUUUUAUCAAAAACAUUUUUUUAAAAAAAAAUAUUUAAACCACAGGUUCUCUAUAUAUUUGUUAAUGACUUACAUAGAAUAACUUCUCUGCAAAAGCUAAGUGAAUUGAUAUUUACAGCUAGGAAUAAUAUUUUUAAUAAAAUCUGAAAAAUUAAAAGGCUGAAAUAAUUAGUUUUUUUUUUAUUGUCUACAACCCUAAACUUCUUGUUAAGAGUUGUUUUGAAAGAGAGAAUGGUGUGGGGGUGUAGGGUGGUGUGUGGUAUGGUGUAUGGUAUGGUAUGAGUUUUAACAUUAUUUAGUAAUAAUAUUUAUUAUUUAAUUAUUAUUAUUUAAUAACAUUUUAAUAUUAAUACUAAUAUUACACUACUAACCAGAGCAUACAAAACAUUUGCUAGACCAAUUUUCGAAUAUAGCUCGUCUGUCUGGAACCCGCACUGCAUAUUAGACAUUAAUACAAUUGAACAUGUCCAGAAAUAUUUCAUAAGAGUCCUCCACUCACAACAAAAUAUCUUAUGCCACCAGACUUGAAAUUUUGGGCUUAGAAAAUUUAGAACUACGCCGCCUUCGGUAUGACCUAAGCAUAGUUCAUAAAAUCAUCUGCUACAAUGUCCUACCUGUCAAUGACUACUUUCGCUUCAACCACAACAAUACACGAGCACACAGUAGAUACAAACUUAAGGUAAAUUGCACCAAACUUGAUUGCAGAAAAUAUGACUAGCAACAGAGUGGUCAAUGACUGAAAUGCACUGCCUGACUCUGUGGUUUCAUGCCAAAAUUUUAACCUUAGACUGGAUACUGUUGACCUCACCCCAUUCCUAAGAGGUCUGUAAGGGGCAUGCAUAAGAGCACCAGCUUGCCUAUUGUCCCUGUCCUAAUGCUCCCUUUAAUUGUAUUUAUUUUAUAUAUUCAAUUCAUGCUUAUAUAUAUUAUCUAAUAUGUAUCUGACAAAUAAAUAAAUAAAAAUAUUUACCAGUAUAAAGGAAAGAUACAAAACAGAUCACAUUCCAAAAAUAAUACGAUUCUUGUCAAAAAUUGUUUAGAAUUUAAUACUUCACCCGCAAUCUCUCCUAUUUUUAAGAACUCUUAAGUGCAAUUGUGUGUGUGAUAAAAAAUAACAGGCAUGGUGUCAUUCUUUGUUUUUUUAAAGGUUUAUUCCCCUCAUCGAUCUUUUAUAUAGUUAAAGAGAAAAAUUUCAUUAUAAUAAGACUUAUCCAAGUAAGUCUUGGAUAAAAACCAGAAACUUACUCAUACAUUUUCAGUCACUGACUUUUUUUACAAAAAACUUAUUUUGCAAAGAAGUCUCUGUUAACAGAAUCACUCUUUUAGGUCAGAAAAUUAAUAGACUUUCUCUAUUCCCACCAGGCUGAGAGUAAAGAUGUUUGUUUAACCUAUGCUAUGAAUUCAUUUUUAAAAGUUUCACUGGAAGUUAAACAGAAUGGAAGUUACUGCAUGAUAACCUUUAAAAGUUAAACUUAGAUUUUAUAUUUGAUUUCAUACACUAUAUAGCUUACAGUUAUAACAUAGCAUCUGUAUUUAGAUACUGACAAAGCAGCUUGGAAGCCUUCUAAAUGCUUCAUGAUUUUAUCCUGUUCACUUUUUCAGGACAGAUUAAUAUAGGAUAAUAGGCUCAGGUCCAAGAUAGGAAAACUUUAAACAUGUAUUUAAAAA